GAGCAGCCAAACCAAGCCGAGUCGAGCUGCACGUAAUUCGAGCUACAUUUAAUUUGGAGUCAUUAGGUUCAUUAGCCGUUUGCGAGUUCUGCAAGUCAUUUCGUCCUUUGCCACGACCGUGUGGAAACGUGAUAUGUCUUAAUCGAUUUUUCCGCGAUCGGGUUUGUCAACGGGGGCAAUGAAGAAUUGUUUGCUAAUCGAAGCCGCACUCAUAUCUUUCCAUCCUUGUUAUUUACCCCCAGAGCAGCGAUACUCGAUCACGACGUCCUUUGUGUGUGCUCGAUGUCCUCGAUAGCGUUGCGCCAGAUAGAGCUGGCUUUGAUGAGCAAACCGCGCUGCGUGAUUUGAGCUGGUUUUCUCGUAUUUCACGGUAUGUCUGCGUGCGAACUUUCUGUUGCUUGCAACGCGAUCGGAUUAAUUUUGAAUCCAUUGUGCGCUUAUGAUGACAGGUCAUUGUAGGAUCGUAGCUUAGAUUUUUCUUUUUCUUGUUCUUCUAAGCUUCCGCAAAAAGCUAGGUAUGGCACUAGCCAUACCCGCGAACCGCGAGAAAUCGCCCAACUUGCGAUGGGACUUGCGAAUUCAGCAAACGAUGAUCCGAAAUAGUCAGCCUGCCUUGUUUACUGUUUUGAAGAGUUCGAGAUAGACCGCUAAGGAAAGUUCAUCUGUGGGCCAAGCCCUGUAUCUCUCUCUCUCUCUUUGAUACCCCACCUCGAUAUCGCGCUGCGCAUCCUUUUCCGGGCCAGCAUAAACUCGGCUUUUCCAGCUCGAGGCUGCAAUGUUUCUCUUCCUCUGCGUCGCAGUCCUAUCGCUCGUAGCCGACUCGCAAUGCUCACUUCUGGUGUUUCCGAGUUCCGACACGAAACUGCACCUCUACGAAGCUGCCAACCUCACCUUCACUGUCGACGCCGAUCAGCCCCUGGACGAUGUCGUCCUGACGUUGACUUCGAGCGACCCUUCGGUGGUCCAACUGGACUCCGCCAGCAUGCAGAUUUCGCAACUUAUACCCGGCGAAAAUUUCUCAGCGCUCUUGACGCCGCUUCAGAUCGGCUACGCGGACUUGACCUGGGAGUUCGUCGACAAGAUUGGCAAUGACAGCUCCGCCGGCAUCCACAGUAUGCGUGUGGUUAGGGAGCAAACAGCAUUUGCCAUGGGCUUCGGAGCCAUUAUCGGACUUUUGGUGGCGCUGAAUAACGUCAAUGUGGGAUGCCAGCUCGACAUGCAGGUCGUGUUGGCGCAGCUGAAGAAGCCCGUUGCCCCGACGAUCGGCAUGCUGGGCCAGUUCGUCUUCAUGCCUCUCGUCUCCUAUGGGAUGGCCACACUGCUGCUGCAAAACCCUGUGACCAGGCUGGGCUUGUUUACAAUUGGUUCAUGCCCUGGCGGUGUUUACAGCAACUUCUACACCCUGCUCUUGCAGGGAGAUCUCGACCUUAGUGUCACCAUGACCUUCAUCAGCAAUGUUGGAGCACUCGGCAUGAUGCCCCUUUGGAUGCACACACUGGGCCACAAGCUCUCGGGCCCUACGACGCCAGCAGUGCCGUUCAGCAACCUGAUAGUGUCCCUGGUCGCCCUCACCAUACCACUUGGCAUUGGGCUGCUGAUCCAGUACAAGCGCCCAAAAUGGGGGAAGGCAUCAGAAAGGAUAGUCAAGCCCUUCUCCGUUGCAAUUCUCCUGGUGGCACUAGUUGUCGGCAUCUACAGCUACUGGUAUAUCGCUACACUGAUAACCCUUCUGGAGGUUGCAGCCGCUAGUGUAGUGGUAGUUUCGGGAUUUGCAUUCGGCGCCGGCAUGGCCUGGCUGGCACGCCUGAAUCCCAGGCAGAUCAUUGCAGUCUCUCUCGAAACUGCAAUCCAGAACGGGCCCCUCGCCAUUGUUAUAUUGACAUUUUCCUUGCCCGAGCCAAGUGGAGACCUGGCUGUCGUGCCAGUAGCCGUCCUGGUAACCUUGUCCAGUGUCAUACUGCUUACAGUAUUUACGGGAGUUAGUGUGUGGAGGAAAUGUUUGUCAUCACAGACACACAGACAUGCCCCUAUUAAUGUUGAGCUGCCAAGGCAUUCCAGCUCUUCCGAACUGUUUUAAGGUUACAAUAUGCUGUACAACCUCGUUGAUACAUUUUUCGGGGGACCGGGGAGACAAAAUCUGCGAUCCGGGAAAAUGCAAGGAACGAAAGCGCCAUUUGGGGGGCGCUAGAGAUGAGACAGAUAGCAACUGUAAGGAGACUAUUUUACGCGAACAUUCAUAGAGGGUGCUGCCGUAAGAACUAACACAUUUGGCACGCCUUGCAAAAUUUGAAUUCAAAACACACAUCUUCAAUUAAUGGCCUAGUUUGAGAACAUUCAGGGGAAAAAAAAGCACCUGUGGCCCUUGAAGCCUGUUGUCCGUGUUAAUCAUAGCAUCGCCAAAAGAGCAAAGAAAAAUUUAUUCGGCGAAAAUGUAUCGGGAAGGGCACUUUUACGUCACCACGAGCAACUACAAUUUUUUUUUAUAUUGAAUCGGUGAUUAUCGAUUUAAAGGCUAGAUCGUUUGGCGUGGAAUGACCCACACCUGAUAUUGGGUAUGCGAACAUAGUUUCGCAAGAAGUCUUGCCCGAAUUUUUUUCAGAGCUCAAGUCUGAGACAGCAUUCAAAAUAAAGCAAAAACGGCGACUGUGCCUUUCAAAUGCCCUAUACCGGAUGUUUGUCUUCUGCUUACUGGUUUGUAAGCUUGCUCCCAGGUGGCCAUUGUUCAUACAUUUAAAAUAAAGUAUUCAUUGUCAUGAUUAUCUUGCUCAUCGCCGGCCUCUGCCAUUGGUUUUUAGCGUUUUUGCAUUCGGCGAGCACACAAACAGGCUGGUAUAGAAAAUACACGGUCUACAAUUUUUCUUUAUUUUUAAUAUUUCACUACCUCACAAUUGAGCUCUAAAAAAAAAAUAUAGACAAUAAAACUUGAUUCGAAACCGUUUGCAUGCCCAAUUUCAGGUAUGUCCAUUUGGAAUUCAAAUUUUGCAAGGCAUGCCAAAUGUGUUAGUCAUUACGGUUGCACCCCAUAGGUGUGAACUCAAAUUGGCUCAAAAAAGUUUCUAAACAUUUGUAGGUGUGAACUCUAAUGCAGUCAGAAAAAGCUUGUAAUUUCCACCUGGCGCUUUGGGCGACUGAAACGCGGUCGAGCUACGGAGUCCUGGGCUUGCGGAGGGGCGCUUGCCGACGUCCUCGUUGGUCUGUCCCCACGCAAUAGUGCACAACACUUUGUACACCAAAGCCGAAAAAGGGUUUCGCUGGAUGACAUGCCGUAGAAUGUGCAGGAGAGAUUGCGGUGUGCUAGACGAGUUUUGACAGGAGCUUCUUUACACGGCCCCGAAGAAGUACCAGAACCUGCAGCACGUGAGCCGGGCGCAGUUCUUGCAGCUUCUUUCGCGUGUGGAACCAAGAACCACGCGACAACAUGGACCAGAAAACAAACUGAUGCACCAUCUUCCUAUUGCUAGUUAAAAAAUAAAAAAAAUCCUUUGUUGUUAAAUUACACGUGUAUGAAAUAAAAAAAAAAAAAAAAAAGCCGUUUACAACUCCCUGUAACGCCGAAUUAGAGCACAGCUCUUGAGGAGGGGGGAAGGCGCGGGGGGGGGGGGGUCACGUGACCUUGCGGUUACGCCGACGCCGCUCAAGCCGGGCGCCUAAGAGCUGUGCUCUAAAAAAUUGCAAGUGAAAAGGCGCAUUGUUUCCUUUUGUCUGUUCGCUGGUUUGUUUUGUUGCACGAUUCUUGGUUCUACGGGUGAAGAAAGCUGCAGGUUCCGGUACUCCUCCAUACUCUGUCCUGCUCAUCCAUCCAGCCUCUUAUCUGGCAAGACCAAGAGCCAAUGAGAUUGAGCAAGACCUUUUUUAGCCCGUGGUGUAUUGAAGUGUUGUGCGUGGGGACGAGGACAUUGGCAAACACCCCUGCGCAAGCCCAGGACUCAGUCGCUUCUACUCCGAACCUUCUCGAGCAGGACCACACUUGUGUUAUGCCUUGGGUUAGUGAAGGUGGUGAUGCUUCGUGCCGAGCAUCUCGCGGUGUUCCGUCUCAUGCAGCACGGAACAACCACACAAAAUAGGUUCUUUUUCAUAUUGCAAUAGUGCCGUGACCGUAGCAACAAACGUUACACUUGGACGCCAGUGCCACUGUGCAGUCAAUAAGUGGUUCGGUCGAUCCUCGCUGUCCUAGUCUCCCCGUGUAAAUGCAGUUGGGAGUUGGACGAUCCGAAAAUGUGUCGUCCGGUGAGCAAUCUUUCCGCGAAUCGGUCAGUUGUGUAAAUUGACCGGCGGUGUCUGCUUUUUGAGUACAAGAAUUGGAAAAGCAAACGCACUAAGCAGGAAAGUAAUACACGCGUUCCUAUGGGAGCUCGGUGGAACUGGCGCUUCCGAAAGUAAAAGCCGGGAAUGUAUCAAUGAGGUUCCGCUGCAUAACCUUACUUACUGCUGUGGCCAAAGAGGUAUGAAGGUGGCACACAGUGAUGUUAGUAGACACUAAGAGCCAUCCCAUCUAAUCCAGUGUUGUGAUCAUGUUAUGUGACUAUGUGCUCCUCGUCCUAGAAUCCUUUCUAGUCCAUGGUAAGGUGAACCGGAGUACAGUGGAUGGGUCUUGUCCCCCCUUCCAACGUCUGCUCCCUAUAGCAUCAUUUCCACUGUACAAAUUGAGAGGCCACAUGCAAAACCAAAGCAUCUGCGUCCCUCACUGUUGCUGCUUUGUUUUGCAGUGUACUACCCCCAUGGCAUCUCUCUGUACACUGAAUUAGCACAGGACAAGUUUGUUUUCUCGGGACACCACAGACACACCUGGUCUUUGCAUGUGGCCCUUCAGUUGACCUCAGCGGGCAAUAAGUUCAAAGCUCACCACCGUCGAAAGGGACAUGUGGAUACCUACAGUGAGAAUUUGAGCAAUAGAACCAGUGUUCUUUCAAAAGCGUUCUUAUACCAGCCACUGUCUGGCUGUACUGCCGAGUCGUGUUAAUCAAGAAUGGUGCCAACACUUUUACAACAGUACGAGUGACUUGCGUAUGACAUUACUUUAUUUGUACCAUGUGCAUGUACCUGCAUAGCAACACAAAUGCACUUUAUUGCACAUGCAGAUGCAAGGAACAAACUAUAAUAAAAAUACAAUUCUCGGGCUGUUUCUCUUACAAGAGCAGCACACAAAAGUACAUAUGUAAUAUAAUAUAUACCCAGAGCUGAAGUAAAAGUAUUUAUACAUUU